AUGUAUCACAGUGUCGGUGCACGCCGCCUACUAUACCGUUCUCAAAUAUCUUACUACGUUAAAGCUGGUCUCAUUGACACCGCAAUCCAACUGUUCGACCAAAUGUCUCAAUCAAAUUGUCGUCCUUUCAGCAUCGACUACAAUCGUUUCAUCGGCGUUCUCAUUCGUCACUCUCACCUCGACCUCGCUCAAAGCUACUAUCACCGCCACGUCAUCCCUAAUGGUUUCUCACUAACCCCUUUCACUUACUCUCGCUUCAUCUCCGCUCUCUGUUCCGUCAAAAACUUCUCCCUCAUUCACUCUCUCCUCCGUGAUAUGGAUGCUCUCGGCUAUGUUCCUGAUAUUUGGGCUUUUAAUAUUUACCUCAACAUUCUCUGCCGCGAGAAUCAGUUAGAAAUUGCUCUUCAGUUUUUUAGCAACAUGUCUUUGAAGGGAAGAGAGCCUGAUGUUGUUUCGUAUACCAUUAUCGUCCACGCAUUGUGUAAAGCUAAAAGGUUUGAUGAGGUUGCUCGUGUUUGGCGUGGUUUGAUUGAGAGUGGGUUGAAGCCUGAUUUGAAGGCAUGUGGUGCACUUGUUGUUGGUUUGUGUAGUGUUGGUAAUGUUGAUUUAGCGUAUGAGCUUGUUGUUGGUGUGAUCAGUGGUGGUGUUAAGGUUAAUUCUUUGGUUUAUAAUGCUUUGAUUAGUGGGUUUUGUAGGAUGGGUAGGAUUGAUAAGGCUUUGGCGAUUAAAGGGUUUAUGAGUAGGAAUGGGUGUGUGCCGGAUUUGGUUACUUAUAAUAUUUUGUUGAAUUAUUGUUGUGAUGAGGUUAUGCUUGAUGAGGCGGUGAGGUUGGUGGAGACUAUGGAGAGGAGUGGUGUGGGGCCUGAUGUGUAUAGUUAUAAUGAGUUGCUUAAGGGUUUUUGUAAGGCUAAUCAGUUGGAUAGGGCUUAUUUGACUAUGGUCAAGAGGAUGCAGAGUAAUGGGGUAUGCGAUGUUGUUUCUUAUAAUACUAUUAUUGGGGCUUUUUGUAAGGCACGGCGGACUGAGAGAGCUUACGAGCUGUUUGAGGAAAUGCGUAGGAAAGGGAUUCAACCAGACGCGAUAACAUUCACGGUGCUUAUAGAAGCGUUUUUAAGGGAAGGUGGUUUCAAUGUUGCUAAAAAGCUUCUUGAUCGAAUGACGGAAAUGGGGAAUGUUCCUGACGUCAUUUUCUAUACCACAAUAUUUGAUCAUCUGUGCAAGUCCGGGAAUAUUGAUAGGGCUUUUGUUGUUUUUUGUGAUAUGGUGGAGAAUGGAGUAAGUCCAGAUGUGGUUUCUUACAAUGCACUCAUAAAUGGGUUUUGCAAGUCUUCUAGAGUUAUGGACGCCAUGCGGCUAUAUGAAGAAAUGCAGGUUAAAGGAUUAUGCCCAGAUGAGGUCACUUUCAAGUUGGUAGUUGGAGGACUCAUUAAGGAAAACAAGCUUUCAGAGGCCUGCAGGGUUUGGGAUCAGAUGAUGGAAAAAGGUUUUACACUUGACAGACAUCUCUCCGAGAUUCUAGUCAAUGCCAUUCAGUCAAGAGAUGGCACAUGA